AUGGUCUCCGUGGUCACCGGGGGUCUCCGAGGGUCUCCGUGGUCACCGGGGCUCUCCGGGGCUCUCCGUGGUCUCCGUGGUCACCGGGGGUCUCUGGGGGUCUCCGGGGCUCUCCGGGGCUCUCUGUGGUCACCGGGGCUCUCUGGGGUCUCCGUGGUCACCGGGGGUCUCCGGGGGUCUCCGGGGCUCUCCCCGCAGAGCUCCCCGCCCCCGCUGUGCGCCGCCGGCCGCACGCCGGACCUGGAGGCGCUGCUGUCGGUCAUCGACGGCGCCGAGGCGUUCGUGGACGCGGCGGUGAUGAGCUACGUGCCGGCCACGGAGUUCUCGAGGCCGCGGCGCUUCUGGCCGGCCGUGGACGAGCGGCUGCGGCGCGCCGCCGUGGAGCGCGGCGUGCGCCUGCGGCUGCUGGCCGGCUGCUGGCCCCACAGCCGCGCCGAGAUGUUCCCCUUCCUGCGCUCGCUGGCCGCGCUCGCCGACAACCGCACCGGCUACGGCGUGCAGGUGCGGCUGUUCCUGGUGCCGGCCAGCGCGGCGCAGAGCCGCAUCCCCUUCGCGCGCGUCAGCCACACCAAGUACAUGGUGACCGACAAGGCCGCCUACGUGGGUGAGCGCGGGCCACGGGGGGAUUUGGGGCUG